AUGAAGUCUUUCUACACCUUGGCUUUGUGCCUUGGUGCCUUUUUCAAUGCAGCCACUGCCAUCCCACCAGAGGAGCAGGGACAACAGCCUGGAAAGUUCGCUGCUGCUCCCCCCGUUGGCUCAAACCCCAUUGAUCGCAAGGGAUGGACUGUCAAGUGUUCCAGCCAGGCUUCAAAUUACCCCUGUGGUAGAGCAAUCGAUGGUGACAAGAACACCUUCUGGCAGACUCCCUAUGGCACAACCAACACGCCGCCUCCUCACACCAUCACCAUUGACAUGAAGCAGACUCAGUAUGUCAGUGGUCUCCAGAUUACACCUCGCCAAGACGGCAACACCCGUAACUGGAUUGGUCGCCAUGAAGUCUACCUCAGCUCUGACGGUACCAACUGGGGAAAGCCCGUUGCCUUUGGAACUUACUGGGGAGACAAGUACCCCUGGAUUACAAACUUUGAGACCCAGCCUGCUCGCUAUCUUCGCUUUGUUGCCCUUUCUAACGUGAACUCCGACUAUCCUUGGAUUGCUAUUGCCGACUUUGUUGUCUACAACGCUCUCAAGUACAGCCCUCCUGCUAAGGGUCUUGGAAAAUGGGGUCCUACUCUUGAUUUCCCCGUCAUCCCUGUCGCUGGUGCCGUUGAGCCUGUCUCCGGAAAGGUCGUCAUCUGGUCUGCUUACCGAUAUGAUGCUUUCCAAGGCACUACUCCCCGUGGUGGCUUCACUCUGACUUCUAUCUGGGACCCCAAGACUAACGUCAUCUCCAACCGCAACGUUUCCAAUAACCAUCACGACAUGUUCUGCCCUGGUAUUUCCAUGGACGGCGAGGGACAGAUUGUCGUCACUGGUGGCAACGAUGCCAAGAAGACUACCAUUCUCAUGCCUGAUGGUAACUGGGUUCCUGGCCCUGACAUGCAGAUUGCACGUGGUUAUCAAUCGUCCGCUACCUGCUCUGAUGGUCGUGUUUUCACCAUCGGUGGUUCAUGGAGCGGCCCCCGUGGCGGCAAGAACGGUGAAAUCUAUGACCCCAAGGCCAAGACCUGGACCUCCCUUCCCAAGUGUCUCGUCGGCCCUAUGCUUACCAAGGACAAGGAGGGUGUCUACAAAGCUGACAACCACGCUUGGCUUUUUGGCUGGAAGAAGAACAGUGUUUUCCAGGCUGGUCCCAGCACAGCCAUGAACUGGUACUACACCACCAGGGGAACUCAGGGUGACACCAAGGCUGCUGGUACUCGCCGAAAGAACGGCAGAAUUGACCCUGACUCCAUGAACGGCAACGUUGCCAUGUUUGAUGCCCUCAAGGGCAAGAUUCUCACCUUUGGCGGAGCUACCAGCUACCAGCAGGCUCCUGCCACUGCUAACGCCCACGUUCUCACCAUUGACGAGCCUGGUGCUAUCGCCCAGACCGCUCUCGUUGGAAACAACGGUGCUGGUAUUCACGCCCGUGUUUUCGCCACCUCUGUUAUCCUCCCUGAUGGAAACGUCUUCAUCACUGGUGGUCAAUCUUACUCCAACCCUUUCACCGACACCAACGCUCAGCUCGAGCCCGAGAUGUUCAUUUCCUCCUCCAACACCUUCACUAAGCAACAGCCCAACACUAUUCCCCGCACAUAUCACAGUAUGUCUCUGCUGCUGCCAGAUGCUACUGUCUUCAAUGGUGGCGGUGGUCUUUGCGGUAGCUGCAAGAGCAACCACUUUGACGCCCAGAUCUUCACCCCUCAGUAUCUCCUUGAUGGCAACGGCAACCUUGCUACCCGCCCUAAGAUCACUGCUGUCUCGGCCACUACUGCCAAGGUCGGCAGCACCAUCACCGUCACUGCCAACAGCGCCAUCAAGAGUGCUUCUCUCAUCCGAUACGGAACUGCGACGCAUGUUGUCAACACUGAUCAGCGCCGCAUUCCUUUGGCCCUGACAGGUGCUGGUACCAACAAGUACUCUUUCAAGAUUCCCAAUGAUUCUGGUAUUGCCCUCCCCGGCUACUGGAUGCUUUUCGUCCUUAACAACGCUGGUGUUCCCAGUGUUGCCAGCACCAUUAAGGUCACUAACUGA